AUGUUGAUGUGGAUAAAAUCGUUCCUUUCAAAUAGGCAACUAUAUGUGGACAUCGAAGGUGUUAAAUCCGACAAAUUUGAUGUUACCUUAGGGGUCGCUCAGGGUUCAGUGUUGGGCCCGCUAUUAUAUUUAUUGUAUGUAGCAGAUUUGCCAAAUCAUGUGACAAGUGCGAAGGUGAUCAGCUAUGCCGACGACACAACCAUCGCUAUAUCAGCGAAGACCCUAGAGUGUUUAACAAGAACAAUUAUUUUCGGUUCCGACCAGGAAGUGGCUGGAGUGAUGCGAGCUGUUAAACGAAGUAAUGCGACGGGUAGUUUUUCAUGGAUAGGCUCGGAUGGCUGGAGCGCGAGAUCCCUUGUGUCUGACGGAAAUGAGGCCGAAGUGGAGGGUACAUUAUCUGUACAGCCUCAAGCUAAUCCUGUACGAGGUUUCGAGGAGUACUUCCUGGGCCUUAAUGUAGAGAAUAAUCAAAGGAAUCCGUGGUUCGUUGAAUUCUGGGAGGACCACUUCCAGUGCCGUUAUCCCAACAGCUCAAGGACACCCUACAACCAAAAAUACACUCGAGUAUGUACCGGAAAGGAAAAACUGACCCGCCAAAAUACCGUCUUCGAAAAUCAACUGCAAUUCGUCUCCGAUGCGGUCAUGGCGUUUGCAUAUGCAAUAAGGGCAAUGCAUAAUCAUUCGUGCCAUGGUCGUCCCGGAUUAUGCGACGCGAUGAGGCCUACGAAAGGAACGGAACUGCUAAAAUAUCUUCGCAAUGUAGACUUCGAGGGAUUGAGUAUUAAAAUGUCAGAUGUAAAGUAA